UUCUCAUUUUCUCCAUUUCUGUGCUGUUGUUCUUGGAGCCUUGGGGAGUUUCAUUUCAUUUUCCCAUGCAAGAAACGAUGAUAAGGAAGACGUGCCCUAAUCUCCAUAAACAAGACGGCCUGGAAACCGUCCUGGAAGUGCCUAUCCCCGAAGAAAUGUACACCCAAAUGGCCACCUGCGCGUCUUUACGAUGGCGGAACCUGCGAGCUUUGAUGAAGGCGAAAUCGGCUACUUUUGGUAGUAUGUCGACAACUCAUCUCCAUGCUAAAUCAGACAACGAGUUCUUGGCUUUGCUUAAGAUUGUUGGCGCUCCUUUCAUCCUUUUCCAAGUCCAUUUACUGAAUUGCACACUUUCGUCUCCCCUCAAACAUUUUCCCAUUGAAUCUUCGACUGCAAGAUAUAUAGUGCAUCAGUACGUGGCGGCGUGUGGAGGACAUUUGGCGUUGAGUUCAACGACGAGCAUGUAUGCUGUGGGACAACUGAAAAUGAGGAGUUCGGAGAUGCAACCUGGUGAUGAUAACGUGCAAAUAAGAGGGAAUUAUGAGGUUGGGGGUUUCGUUUUAUGGCAAAAGAACCCGGAUUUGUGGUAUUUAGAGCUUGUUGUAUCAGGUUUUAAGGUUAGUGCAGGCAGUGAUGGUAAGGUUUCUUGGAAUCAAUCGUCUUCUCAACCCGGUCGUGCAAAUCGAGGCCCUCCAAGACUCUUACGCCGAUUCUUCCAGGGAUUGGACCCAAGGUGUACGGCUAGCUUAUUCAUAGAAUCGGUUUGCGUAGGAGAGAGGAGAGUGGAAGAGGAAGAAUGCUUCAUUUUGAAGCUCGAAACUUCGUCAACCGCACUCAAAGCUCAGCGUUUGGAUGAAACCGAGAUAAUCCACCACACCAUCUGGGGAUAUUUCAGCCAGAGAACAGGGCUGCUCAUGAAAUUCGAGGAUGAGAAGUUAGUGAUGAUGAAGCCAUCAAAAGGGAGAGAGCGUGUAUUCUGGGAGACCAGCGUGAAAUCGGUGGUUCAAGAUUACAACGAAAUCGAUGGCAUUAAAAUAGCACAUAGUGGGAAGACGAUAACGACGCUUUAUAGAUACGGCAAGUCCAUUAAUCACAAGAGAAAGGUUGAAGAAACAUGGAGGAUCGAUGACGUUGAUUUCAAUAUCAGUGGCUUGCCUAAUGAAACUUUCCUGCCCCCAGCUGAUCUUAAGAGAGAGCAAGAACAACAAAAAUAACAAAGCUUGAUUUUUCUUUUGUACAUGUAGGAGAGAAGCUAUGAAUCAUUUCAUCCUUGCGAGUCAUUUAUUAACUAUUGAUCCAUGGUGCAAUUGAUUAUGCAAAACUUGAGUGGUUGAGUC